ACGUCACACACCCAAUUAUCAAAACAACCAAAGUCAAUCAACAUGACGCUCCUCGAGGAGCUCCUCGAUCUCAAAUUCCCCUCCCACAUCCGAGUCUCCCCCAACGCACAGCAAAUCGUCUACUCCACAAGCCUCGUGCACGGCCACUUCGCCGGCGACCGGCCACUGUCUACGAUUUGGCUGGCGGAGACGGGUGUCGAGGGUUCCGCUCGCCCUGUCACGUCUGGGUCUUAUAACGAUCACUCUCCCGAAUGGCGGCCGGAUGGGAGGGCUAUUGCUUUCGUUUCAGAUCGGGGAAGGCCGGGCCAAAGCUCUGCUAUCUACCUGAAAUCAACAGAAGGAGAUAGGGAGCCGGAAUUGUUAACGCCCAUCGAGCACCCGCUUGCGACAGCCCAAAUCGAAUGGAGUUCAACUGGAGAGUAUAUCGCCUUCAUCUCUGUCGACGAGAAGUCUUCCGCCCGGCUAGACAAGGAGCAAGUAAAGGACGAUGCUAAUGUCUGGGGCGAAGACUGGGUUUAUCAGCGUCUACGCCUCGUUCACGUGCCCACUAAGUCCAUCAUCACUCUCGUGGAUAUCGAUACGCACGUCCUCAAGUUCUCAUGGAACAGACAAGGCACAGCGAUCGCAUUCGCUUCUACAGGAACUCCAGACCCGGAAAGCCACUUCACGCAGGGCACAGGCAUUUCAACCGUCGCCGUAGAGGGUAAGGAGAUCGACCACAUCUGCACCUAUCCUCGCGACACGUACGACUUCGUCUGGGCCGGCGACGAUAUCUACUUCAUCGCUCCACCAAAUCCGAAUUCCAGCGUCAGCGGCUUGGUAGUCUGGGGCAUCAAUCUGAACUCAUCUCCAAGCGAGAGGGUGAUGCGUAAAAUCGCCCACGGUGAAAUCGACGAUGCCGCGGCGUUGCGCAAGGCCGGGGUGGACGUGAUCGUCCAAGUGGCCAAGGACAUGGAGAGCCAGUUGCACAUACUGCAAGGCCGGACGCUGUUUAGCAAGAAGACGAAGAUUGAUGCGUGGGAUGCGGCUUUCACUACCGACAGCGAUGAGAUGAUUCUGGCCAUUGCGCGGGGCGAUACUAAUACGCCUGUCGAGGUGUACACCACCACUGCCUCGGGUGGUGCUAUGGUGAGACUGUCAGAUCACGGAAAGGCAUUCAGAGGACGCCACUUCGGCACGCCGCAUUACAUUUCGUGCCAAUCGAAGUCGGUAAGAGGGGAAGAACCGGUGCGACUGGACGGACUAUUUGUUGCACCCUCCGGCGCACAAGUAACGGCCGACGGCAAACCAGAGCAACCACUGCCCACGCUCGUGUAUAUUCACGGCGGUCCGUACUACCGCAACCUCGACGAGUUCAACCCGACAGAGUACAUGUGGUCGCCCUGCCUUCUAACCACAGGCUACGGCGUGCUGACAGUGAACUACCGGGGCGCGAGCGGUCGCGGUGAGGCGUUCGCAUCAUAUGCUCAAGGCGGGAUGGGCUCAUACGACUACUCGGAUGUCAUUGAGCUGGUGAACAGCGCGAUCGAACAGGGCUUCGCGGAUCGAGAGAGGCUGAUUGUCAGCGGUUUCAGCCAGGGCGGCUACUUGUCAUAUCUGGCGUGUACGCGCAACGGGCAGCACGAGUACGGGUGGAAGUUCAACGGCGCUAUACCCCAAGACGGCGUGGUUGACUGGGAUGCGCGGACGACGAGCUCGCUGUUCGGGCCGUCUUUUGGCGCGGAGUUUCCGGGGAAGGCGCCGUGGAAGACUCUCAAGACGGAUGUGUCUGGGAGGGAAGGAAGUGCGAUCUGGGAGUUUGCGGAGGCGGAGAGGAAGGGAAUCAUUCCUCCGGUGCUGAUGUUGCAUGGUGAGCAGGACAAUAUUGCGCCAGUGGAUCAGGCUCGAGCGUUCAGGCGGGCUUUGCAGGAUGCGAAGUUGCCGUUUGAGUAUGUCACUUAUCCGCGCGAAGGCCACUUCCUCCGUGAGAAGAGGCAUGUUGUGGAUAUGGGGGAGAGGGUUUUGAGAUUUGUUGAUCGACAUAUUGGCGGGAAGUGAGAUGUCCUCUUGAUACCCGGUCGAGGUCUCGAGGGGUAUCAUGAUAGAUUCCAACAGACGAUAAAGAGUAUGCCAGAUUUAUAGAUGGGUGUAAUAUGACCUGAUGUGCUGACCAUG